AUGCUGCAGACCCUGUACGGGUCGAUCAUCGCCUCGACCCUGAGCAGAGUUCUGCUUUACCCAAUUGACACGGUGAAGAUAAAUAAACAAGUGGACACGAGCAACACCCAAGUGCGGGGUACUGCCAAGCCCACCAUCCACGCAGGCACCACAAAUUCCCUGAAAACAGGUGGCACCUACUUUUUCCUCCCUGCGUUUAUCCACCAGUUUGGAUACAGGGGACUCUACAGUGGUUUUGUCUUCUCCGCCAUGACGACCAUCCCCGCGACGAGCCUCUACUUCUGCUGCUUCGAGUACCUCAAGUGGAUCAAAAUAAAAUGGAAUCAAACAUCGCGGGACGAGAAAACGGGGUCUGGACAAACGACCAACUCGUUGAGUUUUCUGAAUUACUUCACCAUAGCCUUCCUGGCCGAGGCCAUGUCCUGCGUCCUGUUCGUCCCCAUUGAUGUAAUUAAGGAGAGGCUGCAGGCGCAACGGUAUUUGCAACUGAAGGAGUACAGGACGUCCUACCACCUGGUGAAGGAUUUAGUUUGCAAGGAGGGCUUCUUUAGGCUAUACAGAGGCUACGUCUCCACCUGCUUAACCUACGGCGUGUUUGGAGGUUCAUUCUUCUUUCUCCAAAAUGGAAUUAAAAAGCUGUGGAGCGAAGGCAGUGGGAGGAUUUUUAACCUCUUUAAAGGAAACCUCUACCGGUGCUCCCUGGUGUGCCUCAGCAUGACCAUGAACGUUACCAUUAUAGACCUAUACAAGCAGUUCGCGUGA